UGAAGGAUAAUGGAAUAAAAAGAGUGAAGCUUUUCGAUUUGGAUUCCGUGGCUAAUCUAUCUGCCUUGGCCGGUACCGGAAUUAAGACCAUCGUCGGCGUCCCGAAUUAUCUCCUUCAGACAUUUGCAACCGACUACAACCUUGUCAAAGAUUGGGUUAAGCAAAAUAUUUCUGCUUACAUGGGUGACGGCGGCGUUGAUAUCAUAUACAUCGCCGUCGGAAACGAACCAUUCUUGGGUGCUUACAAAGGAAUGUACACCAACACCACAUUCCCGGCCAUGCAGAACGUACAGAAAGCUCUGGAAGCCGCCGGCCAUAGCGACAAAAUCAAAGUCACAACACCCUUAAACGGCGACGUUUACCAAUCCUUUUCCAACCUCCCUUCCGACGGCAGGUUCCGAACCGACAUCUACGACCCCAUGAAGCAAAUAGUCCAAUUCCUCGACAAAAACAAAUCCCCAUUCAUGAUCAACAUCUACCCUUUCAUCAACCUCUAUCAAAACCCCGGCUUUCCAUUCAAUUAUGCCUUCUUCGACAACGACGGAAAGGUCAAAGACAGCGUCAUCGACGACAAGGGCACCAUUUACUACAACGUCUUGGACGCGCAUUACGACACGCUGACGUAUUCGCUGAAGGAAAUGGGCGUUAACGACAUGAAAAUCAUCAUCGGAGAAGUGGGGUGGCCGACGGACGGGAACAUAUAUGCGAACACGACGGUAGCGAAGAGAUUCUACAGCGGGCUGUUAAAGAGAAUGGCGUCCAACAAAGGGACUCCAAUGAGGCCGAAGGAGAAUUACGAGGUGUAUAUGUUCAGCCUUUUGGACGAGAACAUCAAGAGCAUUGACCCGGGGAAUUUCGAGCGCCAUUGGGGGAUUUUCCGRUACGACGGGACCCCCAAGUUCGCGAUGGACUUUUCCGGGAACGGGGCGGAUAAGAUGCCGGUGGGGGCGAAGGGGGUGGAGUAUAUGAAGAAUCAGUGGUGUGUGAUUGCGGAUAAUGUGACUGAAUUGGGUGCGAGCAUACAAAAAGAUGUGUCGUGGGCGUGCGAGCAUUCGGAAUGCACCAGCUUGGGGUACGGGUGCUCGUGCAACAACUUGGGCGUGCGAGGGAAUGUUUCGUAUGUUUUCAAUAUGUAUUAUCAGAUGCAGGAUCAGAAUCCGGCGGCGUGCGGCUUCGGAGGGGCGGCCAAGAUUGUGACCAAGAAUGCAACCGUAGGGGACUGCUUGUUUCCGAUACAGAUUACGGGGUCCAGCGGCAGCACCACCGCAAGUUCCAGCCCGGGCGGGAGCCCAAGCGGGAGCCCGGGCGGCUCCGGCAAGAGCGCCGGGGAGAGCUUGAGGAUGAGGGCGGCGGUGGCGCUGGUCGGGCUUGUGGUGUUCAGCCUGUUUGCAUUUUAGUGUGAACAAUAAUGGGGGUUUACACUUAUUUAUUUAUUUUUUGCAUGUGUUUUGUUUUGUUUUCGUGUUUCAGAUCAGUUGAGAUUUGGUUUAGGACAAUUUUGAAGGAGGUAUUUGCCUCUUGAUUUU